AUUCAUCAUUAGGCCUGUUUCCAUCGUCGGCUGUAUUUUGUUUGCAUCUAUUGCCUUAGAUGGGAAUCCCUUGUUCAGAAAGCAGUUACUUAUGGAUGUCUUUGCUUCUCUUCUCCAGGGCUGCCUGUGCCAUGAGCAUGAGGAACUACUCCUCUGUGACAGAGUUCAUCCUGCUGGGAAUUUCCAACACUGAAGGACUAGAGAGCAUGUUGUUUACCCUGUUCCUGGUCUUCUAUGUCUUCGCCUUGCUGGGGAACCUGCUCAUCUUUCUCACCAUCCUGGCUUGUCCCAACCUCCACACUCCCAUGUAUUUCUUCCUGGGAAAUCUGGCAGUUUUUGACAUAUUCUUUCCUUCUGUGAAUUCUCCUAAGAUGAUGGACUACCUAGUACGACAAGGCCGAACUAUUUCAUACCAAGGCUGUGCCUCGCAGAUUUUCUUCUAUCACACCCUGGGGUGUACUGAGUGCUUUCUGUAUACAGUGAUGGCUUAUGACCGCUUUGUGGCUAUUUGUUACCCUAUGAGAUACACGAUCAUCAUGAACCAUUGGGUGUGUACCUGCUUCACAGUGGGCACUUGGCUGGGGGGCUUUGUCCAUGGGAGCAUCCUCACAUUUCUUAUCUUUAAGUUACCCUACUGUGGCCCCAAUGAGGUGGACAGUUUCUUCUGUGACAUUCCUGUGGUGCUGUCCCUGGCAUGUGCAGACACCUCUCUAGCACAGACUGUGAGUUUUACUAAUGUUGGUGUUGUUGCGCUCACAUGUUUCCUCCUAGUUCUUACUUCUUACACUCGUAUUGUGAUCUCCAUCCUGAAAAUCCGUUCCUCAGAAGGCAGGCGCAGAGCCUUCUCCACCUGCAGUGCCCACUUCACAUCCAUUCUGUUGUUCUAUGGUCCUGUGAUUCUUGUUUAUCUCAGACCUGCUUCUAGUCCCUGGCUAGAUUCUGUUGUCCAGGUGUUUAAUAAUGUUGUCACACCUACCUUGAAUCCUCUGAUUUAUUCUUUGAGAAACAAGGAGGUGAAAUUAGCCCUGAGAAAGGUAUUAAGUCAAGCAAUGCAACCUUUGGGGUAUAAGGAAUAGAAAUCAUUCCGUAUAUAAUUUUGAUGUUGUUUAAGGUUUUCUCUUGGUGAGUUCCUGUUGCCAAAUGAGUAAGA